AUGUACUUCGUGAAUUCUUUCCUGUUCUCUAUUGUUUUUGGGGAGAUUUGGAAACGACUUUCGGUUUCGGACGUGAAGGGGGAGUUCAAACUGAGGAGGGUGAUAGCUAAGGGAGGGUAUAAUGAAGCCUUUUCGGAGGAUGAAAGCUUCGUGAAUGAUGAUGAUUAUGAAGAGGAGGAAGAGGAGGAGGAGAGUUUUAUAAACGACGACACUUCAAAUGAGGAGGAGAGUGAGGAGGGUUCGGACGGAGGAGUCGUGGCCCGAUAUAAUUUGAUUAAUGAGAAGAUGGAUGAGGAACGGCAGAAAAAACGGCAGUCGGCUGGUCUUACGGCGUUCCAUGAGUAUCUUGAAUUCCUCACGGUCUCUAUGUGCGAGCCGGAUGCUGAAAUGAAUGAGAAAUACGCGGCCUCGGUUAAGCGUAUUGAAGGGGAGCUGGAGCAGGCUAGAUCGGCUAGGAGCACUACAGCUUGGGAUGCUCAUGGAGGUCGCUAUCGUCGUGGACUGGAUUUGUAUCCGGAUUUAAUCUCAAGACCUACGCAGAUAAAUGAGGAGAGCACGAGACUGCUGAGGAGGUGCAGAGGGAGACUGUUGUUUGGCGUGCAAUCGACGACGAUGGAAGUUGGAUGCACGCCUGAAUGGGAGAAUGUGCGACUCGAGGAGGGUCUGGGACGGAGAUAUCAGAUAGUAAGCAGCUCAGUGAUGACUAUGGUCGUCGAUUUGACUAUGGCCACAGUUGGUACCGAUCCUAUGGAAUGA